AUGAAUGAACAGUAUGUCAAUGCUAAAAUGAAUAAUUCGAAUACCAAUCAUAUUAAUAUACUUGAUUUGCCCAAUGAAAUAUUACUCAUCAUUUUCAAUAAAUUGAAAACCGUUGAUGCUGUCUAUUCACUUGUGCAUAUUAAUGAACGAUUUGAUCGAUUAGUACUUGAUUCACUUCAUGUUCGCAAUCUUGAUACGACGAGCAUGACCAUAAAAUCAUAUGAUGAUCGUACCUUUUCAAUAGACAAUCAUGUUCUUGAUAGAAUAUGUGAAAAAAUCUUACCUCAACUUCGUCAUCAAUUAAAUGCACUUACCGUUGAACAAAAUUCAGUGGAGCAUAUUCUUACUGUUAAUUAUUCUCAACUUUACCCCUUAUCACUUGUUAAUUUUGAAGAAGAAAUACUUUUUCAAUAUUUAACAGGUACACUACUUAUUGUUAAUUUUAUUCAUAUUAAUUAA